CACCCCAAAAUGACAUAUGGGCCGGGUCGCCCUUUUUUGUGCUUCACAUUUUAGUUAAUUUCACAACAGAAAAUUUCCCCUAAUUCGAAACCUAGAUUUUCCAUCUUCCCCUUUAAGAGUGAGCACGGAAAUCGGAGAAGUGUAAUCGGUGAUUUGGUGUUGGAGAUGACGUUUACUUUUUGAAUUGACUUGAUCUUUCAUCAUAUUUGGGUUCAAAUCUCAUUAGAGGCAUGAAGAUGAACAUUCUAUCGGUGGAUGGUCAAAUUAUACGACCUUUCUCUAAAGAAAUUGCAUUAUUGGAUAAUAAAUUAGUUGAUUAUUUUAACGAACACUGCCUCUUUAAAUAUCACAAAUCAAACCAACCAUUGAAUAUUUCUGAUAAGAUAUUUAAUGAGAAAACUAGCAAGACCGCCGUUUACUUUUUGUUUCUUGGUGUCCAAGAGUAGUAGUAAUUGGCUUAUAUAUAGCUGCAUCUUGAUGUAACACAAAACAUAUUAUCUCUCUUCUUGUGUUCAAAAUGAUUGAGUUUAUUUGUUCAAAAUGAUGUAGGAAGGAAGCAUUCAUACCUUUUUCUGGGAAGUAUGGCGAACUGGUCGGAAUUUCCAUUGGAACUACUUGAAAUGAUAGCAAAGCGUGUUACAGUGAUGGAGGAUUUCAUUAGAUUUGGUGUUGUUUGUAAAUCAUGGGGAAGUGCUGCUACCAAAGAAAAUUUUGAUGUUUUAGUGCCACAAGUUCCAUUGCUUAUGCUGGCUGCUAAAGGGGAUGAUGAUUAUCGAGAAUUCUACUCUCUUUCCAAGAGGAAAAUUUCUCGCAGAAUUUUCCUCCCAGAAGCUAGAGGGAAACUCUGUUUACCAACACAGGGAUGGCUUUUCACGGUGAACUAUAGAGCAUUUACAGGAGAGAUGACUUUGUUGCACCCUUUCUCACGCGUCCAAAUUCAGCUUCCUCCGCCUACUGGCUUGAGAGAUGAGGAAUCAAAACGUCCCUACGUGACUAUCAACCAUGUUGUAUUAUCUGCUAGCCCAUCCGUAACAACUGACUAUGUUCUGAUAAUUUGCUAUGGACGGCCUACAUACCGUUUGGCUCUUUGGCGACCUGGAGACCUCUGUUGGACCAAAAUUCCUACUCUCGAAGAAACUUAUGCAUAUUACCAUAUGAUCCAAUACUUCAAUGGACAACUUUAUAUCAACAAAGGGCGGUGGCUAGUUUCAGCUAUUGACAUCCCAGAGCCUAGUAAUCCUCAGCCUAUUGUAAAACAACGAGAGGUUGUUCAGAUGGUGGGUUUAUCGAAUCACACAAACCAGUCCGCUCACUUUCUCAUUGAAGUGUCAGGUGAACUAUUAUUUGUUCAACAAUUGAUGAUUGUGAAAGAUGUAGCAAAUGUGUCGAAGACAUAUAAAUUUCGACUAUUCAAAAUAGAUGCAAUCAAAGGAGAAGCAGAAGAGAUAAAAAGCUUGGGAGACAAAGCAAUUUAUGUGGGAUGUAAUGCAUCAAUUGCCAUAGACUGUUCCAAGUUCGUUGGAGUGAAACCUAAUCAUAUAUAUUUUACCUAUGAUUGGACACGUGUGUACACCGAAGGAGAUGAUUCAAGAGAGAUAGGGGCUUACAAUGUCGAAGAUGAAACCAUUGAACCCUUGAAUCAAGGCAUUUCUGGUUUUAAUAUUGUAUCCCCGGCGAUUUGGGUUACCCCAUCAUUCUGAUAUCAAAAUGCGUUGUGAGCUUUCUCUGAAUUGUUUUGGUUUUGUGUGUCUUUUAUAUGUUGUUUGAUGCAAAAAACAGUUUGUUGAUCUCAUGUGAUCAAUUCUUGGUGGUACAAGUUGAUUUGGACACCAAAUAUUACGAAAUAGAUUAGACGUUUUCACUUCUAUUGCAUUUGACAUUAACUGUU